UUAAGCAGGUAAGAUACCAAUACGGUGCGGAAAAAAACCCCCAGCGCAUCAAAGUGUAGAAACGUUUAUCAAAGUUUAAGCAGGAAUUUCUGUGUAUCUUUAUGAUGUUAAAGCUGGAGGAUUUGAGAAGCAUCUUUGAUCGAGUGUCCUGGACCAGCACUUGACCAGCAUAAACCAGCUCAAACCAGCAUCUCAGCUUCAAAACCUACCUUACCAGCUUAUGCUGGUUUUUUCAACAGAGAAGCGCUUUAGGAUCCGCAUCAAUAUUAGAAAAGCUUUCCAGCGCUGAAGAGAGCUAAGCGGGAAAGCCUGAAAACAGACGCGGAGGCUUCUUUGAUUCCUUCUCAUAGUCAGUGGAGGAGAUCAAACUCAUCAGAUUCUCCUGCAGCUUCAUCAUGGCUGAUUCACAAGGAUCCAGAGGUGGAGAUUUUUCUCCAGGAUGCAGUUUUAAAACCAGUUCAGUCCAGCAGAAGAGAUCAAACCCAGAGUCCAGCUGUGUGUCUGUGAAGAGUAACUGGUCUAUGGAGAAGCCAAUAAAGUUUAAGAGUGGAGACACACGGCCUGAUCUCAGUUCAGUCCAGCAGAAGAGCUCAAACCCAGAGUCCAGCUGUGUGUCUGUGAAGAGUAACUGGUCUAUGGAUAAGCCACCAAAGCUAAAGAGUGGAGACACACGGCCUGAUCUCAGGUCAAAUCUUCGAUCCAGACCAGUUAAAAACAAAACUGUGUUCACGCCUGUGAUUCAACCACAAGACUUUAAUGAAAGCAUGAAUCCUGGUUUCAGCCAUGACUCUAAACCUGCUGAAGUCCUCAACACAUUGAGAUCAAAUCUGAGAAAGAAGUUUGAGUGUUUGUAUGAGGGAAUAUCAAAGCAGGGAAACCCAACACUCCUGAAUGAGAUCUACACAGAGCUCUACAUCACAGAGAGUGAAAGUGGAGAGAUCAGUAAUGAGCAUGAGGUGAGACAGAUUGAGACACAGUCCAGGAGAGCAGCAACAGAGGACACACCGAUCAAAUGCAGUGACAUCUUUAGACCUUUACCUGGACAAGACAAACCCAUCAGAACUGUGCUGACAAAGGGAGUCGCUGGCAUUGGAAAAACAGUCUCUGUGCAGAAGUUCAUCCUGGACUGGGCUGAAGGGAAAAAGAAUCAGGACGUCCAGCUCAUAUUUCCACUUCCUUUCAGAGAGCUCAACUUGAUGAAGGACAAAACACUCAGUCUUUCAGAUCUUCUUCAUGUCUUUUUCCCUGAAACAAAAGAAAUGGAAAUAUCCAGUGAUGAAUAUAAAGUGUUGUUCAUCUUUGAUGGUCUGGAUGAGUGUCGUCUGUCUCUGGAUUUUCAGAGCGAUGUGAGGUUGUGUGAUGUGACUGAAUCAGCCUCAGUGGACGUGCUGCUGAUGAACCUCAUUGUGGGGAAUCUGCUUCCCUCUGCUCUCAUCUGGAUCACCUCCAGACCAGCAGCAGCUGAUCUCGUCCCCUCUGAGUGUGUCCAUCGAGUGACAGAGGUACGAGGAUUCAGUGACCCACAGAAGGAGGAAUACUUCAGGAAGAGAGUCAGACAUCAGAGUCUGGCCGACAGGAUCAUCUCACACCUGAAGUCAUCAAGGAGCCUCUUUAUUAUGUGUCACAUCCCAGUGUUCUGCUGGAUCUCAGCCACUGUUCUAGAGAAGAUGUUGAGUGAAGCAGAGAGUGGAGAGAUUCCCAAGACUCUCACUCAAAUGUACACACACUUCCUGAUCAUUCAGACCAACAUCAAACAUGAGAAGGACUAUGAGAAGAAAGUGAAAGAUGAAGACAUGAUUGUCAAACUGGGGAAAGUGGCUUUUCAGCAGCUUGUGAAAGGAAACCUGAUCUUCUAUGAGGAAGACCUGAGAGAGUGUGGCAUUGAUGUGACAGAAGCAUUAGUGUACUCAGGAUUGUGCACUCAGAUCUUCAGAGAGGAGUUGGGCUUGUAUCAGGGAAAAGUCUUCUGCUUUGUUCAUCUGAGCAUUCAGGAACAUCUAGCAGCUCUAUAUGUGCAUCUCUCCUUUAUAAAGAACUGUUCACAGAUGUUCUCUGACCUCUCAAUGUUUUUCACAUUCACUUUAUCUGACUUCCAUCAGAAAGCUGUGGAUGAGGCUUUAGACAGUAAAAAUGGGCAUCUGGACCUUUUCCUUCGUUUCCUUCUGGGUCUGUCAGUGAAGUCUAAUCAGAGUCUCUUACAAGAACUAAAGACACAGACAGGAAACAGAUCUCACAACAAUGAGAAAACAGCUGACUAUAUUAAAGAGAAGAUCAGUGAGAAUCCCUCUCCAGAUAAAUACAUCAAUCUGUUUCACUGUCUGAAUGAACUGGGUGAUCUUUCACUAGUGAACGAAGCUCAACCUCGUAUGAGCCGUGGAGGAUUACGUAAUGUGAAACUCUCCUCAUCUCAGUGGUCAGCUUUAGUUUUUGUGUUGUUGACCUCAGAGGAGACAAUGGAGGAGUUUAACCUGAGCAGAUUAAUUGGACACAGAAAUGAUCAUGACGCAGUAAACACAGCAGAUGAAGUUCUUCAGAAGCUGCUGCCUGUGGUUACAGAAACUAGAUCAGCUGUGUUGAGGCAGUGUGGUGUCACAGAUGAAGGUUGUGCUGCUCUGGCUUCAGCUCUGAGAUCAAACCCCUCACACCUGAGAGAUCUGGAUCUGUCAUAUAAUAAUCUAGGAGACUCGGGAGUGAAGAUAGUCUCUGCUGUACUGGAGAAUCCUCACUGUAAACUGGAGAUACUGUGGUUGAGGGAUUGUGGUGUCACAGAUGAAGGUUGUGCUGCUCUGGCUUCAGCUCUGAGAUCAAACCCCUCCUCACACCUGAGAGAUCUGAAUCUGUCUGGGAAUAAUCUAGGAGACUCGGGAGUGAAGAUAAUCUCUGCUGUACUGGAGAAUCCUCACUGUAAACUGGAGAAACUGUGGUUGUAUGAUUGUGGUGUCACAGAUGAAGGUUGUGCUGCUCUGGCUUCAGCUCUGAGAUCAAACCCCUCCUCACACCUGAGAGAACUGAAUCUGUCUGAGAAUAAUCUAGGAGACUCAGGAGUGAAUCUAGUCUCUGCUGUACUGGAGAAUCCUCACUGUAAACUGGAGAAACUGUGGUUGAGGCAGUGUGGUGUCACAGAUGAAGGUUGUGCUGCUCUGGCUUCAGCUCUGAGAUCAAACCCCUCACACCUGAGAAGACUGAAUCUGUCAUAUAAUAAUCUAGGAGACUCGGGAGUGAAGCUAGUCUCUGCUGUAUUGGAGAGUCCUCACUGUAAACUGGAGGAUCUGGGGUUGAGUAAGUGUGGUGUCACAGAUGAAGGUUGUGCUGCUCUGGCUUCAGCUCUGAGAUCAAACCCCUCACACCUGAGAGAUCUGGAUCUGUCUGUGAAUAAUCUAGGAGACUCGGGAGUGAAGAUAAUCUCUGCUGUACUGGAGAAUCCUCACUGUAAACUGGAGAAACUGUGGUUGAGUGAUUGUGGUGUCACAGAUGAAGGUUGUGCUGCUCUGGCUUCAGCUCUGAGAUCAAACCCCUCACACCUGAGAGAACUGAGUCUGUCUGUGAAUAAUCUAGGAGACUCGGGAGUGAAGAUAGUCUCUGCUGUACUGGAGAAUCCUCAAUGUAAACUGGAGAAACUGAGGUUGAGUAAGUGUGGUGUCACAGAUGAAGGUUGUGCUGCUCUGGCUUCAGCUCUGAGAUCAAACCCCUCACACCUGAGAGAACUGUAUCUGUCUAGGAAUAAUCUAGGAGACUCGGGAGUGAAGAUAGUCUCUGCUGUACUGGAGAAUCCUCACUGUAAACUGGAGGAACUGUGGUUGAGUAAGUGUGGUGUCACAGAUGAAGGUUGUGCUGCUCUGGCUUCAGCUCUGAGAUCAAACCCCUCACACCUGAGAGAACUGAAUCUGUCUGUGAAUAAUCUAGGAGACUCGGGAGUGAAGAUAGUCUCUGCUGUACUGGAGAAUCCUCACUGUAAACUGGAGAUACUGGGGUUGAGUAAGUGUGGUGUCACAGAUGAAGGUUGUGCUGCUCUGGCUUCAGUUCUGAGAUCAAACCCCUCCUCACACCUGAGAGAACUGAAUCUGUCAUAUAAUAAUCUAGGAGACUCGGGAGUGAAGAUAAUCUCUGCUGUACUGGAGAAUCCUCACUGUAAACUGGAGAAACUGAGGUUGAGGCAGUGUGGUGUCACAGAUGAAGGUUGUGCUGCUCUGGCUUCAGCUCUGAGAUCAAACCCCUCACACCUGAGAGAUCUGUAUCUGUCUGAGAAUAAUCUAGGAGACUCUGGAGUGAAGAUAGUCUCUGCUGUACUGGAGAAUCCUCACUGUAAACUGGAGGAACUGUGGUUGAGAUAUUGUGGUGUCACAGAUGAAGGUUGUGCUGCUCUGGCUUCAGCUCUGAGAUCAAACCCCUCCUCACACCUGAGAUAUCUGAAUCUGACAUAUAAUAAUCUAACACACUCAGGAUUGAAGCUGCUGAAGGAUCUGGAGGAUGAUCCACAUUAUAAACUGGAGACACUAUGGAUUUGAUGACAGUCUGAUCUUCUGAUGAUCAUCUGAUGGUGAAUAAGGAUCCACUACAGAGACUCACAGUCAACAGAAUCAACAGAGACUGAAGAUACAGUGACUUCACUGUUAUAAAUUAAGACUUCAUUUAGAUUUCAAUGAUCCUCGGACAGACAUGAUGAAGGCGGCAGUGAAACACCUUUUAUUUCAGAGCAGCAAAUUACAGUUUCUCGUUCAUAGAUUAACCAUUUUAUUUGUAUAAAGGCACAGUAUGAACUCAAAAAAGUUAGUUUUGUUACAAGUUAGUUUCAUAAUUAUGAAAAGAAAAAAAAAACAGUUCAAGCUCACUUUUGGAAAACAAAUAAUGGAAGCUUGAGUGUAUACAUCAUGUUUUUAAUAAUAGUUGUAUUAUAUUUGUAUUAAUGUAUUAUAGGGGUCAUGUGAUGCGAUUUCAUGUUUUCUCUUUCUUUAGUCUGUUAUGUAUCUGUUUGUGCAUGUAUAAGAUCUGCAAAGUUACAAAGCUCAAAGUCUCCUACAAAAAGAUUUAUUCUCUCUAAUCUCUGGUACACACUGUAUGAUUUUGUGCUGUCCCAGACGAAAGAUGAUCGUCGUGAAACAAUCGUGGCUCCUAAACAUCGUACAGUGAGAGAGGUUCAAAGACGGUCUUGUGAUCAAAGAUAGCCUGAGAUCAUUUUCUGACAGUGUCAUGAUCAUCUCACUUUUUUUUUUUUUAAUUAUUAUUAACCAGAGGAAUAUACAAUCAUAAACAGACAUUUACAUAUUAAUACACAGAAAAAAAACAUGCCAGAGCAUACAAAUCAUUGAUUCAUUAAUCAAAAUAUUCCUUAAAAAUAUGACAAGUCUUCCUUGCUUUUUUAUUUAUAAUGUUCUCCAAACUGGUGCAGUAGUCCUUAGUCUCCUGAAGAAAAUGAAUCAAAUUUGGCUUGGAUCCUGAUCAUUUCUUCUUGUGUAUGUGAAAUUUCCCCAAAAUAAUAAACAGUUGUACAAUAAAAGUAAAAUUAUUAUUAGUUUCAUUGGAAUAAUACAUAUAUAUAUAUAUAUAUAUAUAUAUAUAUAUAUAUAUAUAUAUAUAUAUGUCAAAUUUAUUUAAUUUAAAUAUAACAUUUGUUUUCCUUCUAAUGAAAUUUUCCACAUCCACCCAAAAAAUCUUUGUGUAUAUACAAUUACAAAACAGAUGGACAAUAGAUUCUUUUUCCAUUGAACAAAAAUCACAUGAAUAAUCACUCUCUAAAUUAAACCUCUCUAACACUCUUUUAGCUGGAUAUAUACCAUGUAAAAUUUUAAAUGUAACCUCUUUUACUUUAUUUAAACAGCUUCACAAAUACGGCAAGCUUUUUUCCUGUUUAUAUUUGUAAAUUCACAGGUCCACAAUAAGCUUUUAUGAGUAGCUGUUUCAUCUAUUAUAAUAUUCCUAAUAUGUUUAUUUGUACAAUUGUGUUUCAAAAUAUCAAUGUCUCCUAUAAACAUGCUGCCUUUAACGAAUAUUGCCUCAGAAGAAUCACUUCCACAAGCUCUUACAAAAUGUAUAACUUGUUGAGGUUUGGCGUCAAAUACAACAGCGUAACUGAAACCAAAUUUAUCCAAGAAUUCACUAUAAGAUAACAAAUUACCAAUUGAAUUUAAAAGUUGUCUAACUAACGCAAUAUUAUUUUCAUACCAACUAUUAUAGAAGAGAUCUAUUUUUAUAUUGGAUGCACCUAUUAUUCCAAAUAAUGUAUUUAUUUGGGGAAAUAUUGUGCUUAAACACCAGCAUCCAGGCCAAUAAAGCUCAUUUGUGAAAUUUAGCUCAUUUAACAGGAAGUUUUUCACUUUUAAAAUCACAUCUCAAAAGAAGAUCUAUGUCAAACACAUGUUUUGGAAAUGUAUACCACAUACGAUCCUUUUCUUUAAUAAAUUUGAUCAAACAAUUAA